AUGGCUCUCUCUGGACAGAUGAAGGCUGAUGUUGAGUUCAAGGCUCCUGCUGACAAGGUCAAUGGGGCAAAGAUGGCUGCGUUUACAACUGGAACUUUCUCCUCGACCGCAGACGGAAACACUGCAUUUAAUAUGGAGAAAGUGGCAAUAGAUGACAAGAACAAGUCAGCCACGUACAAAACAAUUGAAGGAACUGGCUUGCAAAUGCUCAAGAGCGUCAAGAUUUGUAUUGAAGUUACUCCAAGGGACGAGGGCUGCGUGCUGCACUGGACUCUCGAAUACGAGAAGCUGAACGCGAAUGUUGAGGAUCCAAAAGCGAUGCUUCACGUGCUUGUUGAUACCUGCAAAGACGUUGAUGCUCACCUUACCCAGCAGGCAAACACACAAAGCUCUCCUCAGCUGCAAUGCAACUGA